AUGCCACCGCAAUCCCUCCUAGACUAUCUAGUCGAGCACGAGCCUGCCUUCAAGCGACCCCGUCUGCCCUCCCUCUACUUAGAUUUCACCCCUCUUAAAACUUCCAAUCCCGAUGUCUACUACGCUAAUAUCUCUGCCUGGCGCGCAGGCCUCUCUCGCUUAGCCCGUGACGGUCUCCUUCCGUCCUCCCCUUCCUCAUCCUCAUCAUCCUCAUCCUCAUCCCCCAACAAGUCCAAAAAUGGCUCCAGCGCAGGGUCCAGCUCUGGUUCUUGCUCAGGGGCUGGUUUUGUAUUAUGUUCAGGCGAACCUCUCCUCCGCGCGCUCGAAUCCAAACAAUUUGGCCGCCCCGACUCCCUCGGUACUGCUAUGAGGGAGGCCAUUGCCGACGGGGAGUUUGUCUCUCUUGAGACAUUCCUUGCUUCUACAAAGCCCCUUCUCAAGAACCGGAGUAAAUCCGCCGCCAGGGAAGGGAGUUCAGCGGGAGGGGGAUGGGGAUGGGUAAACCUCCCUGUGAUGGGGGCUGUCAGGGGGCCAGCGAGCUGGGCCGCCUGGGUGGUAGCGAUUUGGGCCGUCUUGGGGUUAGUGAUUUGGCCCAUCUGGGGGAUAGAGAGUUGGGCCGUCUUGGUGGCAACGAUUUGGGCCGUCUGGGUGGCAGCGAACUGGGCCGUAAGGCAGGUCGUCGGGGAGGGGUUUCCCCUCCUCCGUUCGGGGGAAAAUGACACUUCCCUACCAGAAGGGGAGUUCGUUAUCGUGGAGAACGUCAUCGAAGCAGGGCGGAUUUUCGCCGAGCGCUGGCGUCAAAAACAUCUCUCCGAAGACUACGGCGGGAGCAGGUUCGAGCGUGUCUAUCCCCGCUCACACUUCACCCGCGAAUUUGCCUCCCUGCUGGGCGAGGACCGCUUGCUAACAGAAAAAGACAUGAGCAUCCUCCUAACCUACCUCUCCCGCGAAGAGGGCUUGCUCAUCUUCACCCCCGACGUGGUCAAACUCUUACCCCCCACCCACUCAAGGGAAGAGGAAGACACCGUCAUAACACCAGAAGAUGCCUCCAUCGCCCACCUGCGCACCCUCCACUCGACCUUAACCCACCAAACGUCCCUCCUCGAAAACCGCAUCGCGGAGCUCCAUGCAAACGCGAAACUCGCCCUCGCCAAGCAAAACCGCAUCUCUGCGCUCGCCGCGCUGAAAUCCAAGAAACUGGCUGAAGACACCCUGUCUAAACGCUACUCCUCCCUGAACCAAGUGGAAUCCCUCAUCGCACAGAUCGAAAACGCAGCCGAUAACGUCGCCCUCGUGCGCGUUAUGGAAUCCUCCGCUGCGGCGCUCGACUCCCUCACCUCCAAGCUUGGUGGCGUGGAGAAGGUCCGGGGUGUCGUCGACGUGUUCAAGGAGAAGAUGUCUGAUGUGGAUGAGAUCGCUGCCAUACUUGCCGAAGCAGCCGCACCUGGCGGGGUGGUUGUGGAUGAGGGGGAAUUGGACGAGGAGUUGGAGGAGUUGGCAAAAGAGGAAGAAGAGAAGGCGGCAGAGCAACAGGCGGAAGAGGUUGCCAAGAGACUCGAGCAGGUUGGGAAUGUGCCCGAAGGGUUGCGUGUCCCUUCCCCUGUUGAGGAGACAGAGGGAAAUGAAAAGGAGAAGGUGUCUGGAGAGAGGGAGAGUGUGGCUAAGCUGAUGAGUACGCUGUCCCUGAAGGAGUGA